AGAGAGCAGCAUGUCUGACGUCGACGAGGACGCAGUCUGGGAUGAAGAGGGCGAGGAAGAGCACCAACAAGGAGCCGAGGACGAGAAGGUAGAAGUAGCGAACUAGUUCACCUGAGACAUCACGACUGAAGAAACGUAACCUAACAAUGAAGACAGUUUUACUGUCCCAAGUUGUGCACUGUUGAUACCUGGGAGAUGUGUGCUAUUACAUUUAGUACCGUUCAUGUUGGAGCACUAUUUUAACUAACGUCACUACCAUAGGUUGGUGGUUUAGAUCGGCGCAGUGAACACAAUAUCCUAAAAGCCUCAGGUCUCAUCCCAUAAUCUAGUGUACUCCAGAUAGAAGGAAGGUCCAGACCGGAUGACAACGCCCCUUUCUAUCUAAGGGCCCAGCACGUGUUAAAUAUGCGAACAAUAAACGACUACAGGGUAUGGGUGGUUGGGUUUACGGUUAUCUCGGUAACGCUUUUAUAAUAAGGGUACAAAUCCAGUAAUCUAACUAAAAUCCAGCUAAUUUGGUAGCAUAUCAACUCAAUAUGAAGUAACUGAAUUAACAUAAUUUAAAUCCAUAUUAAGUGCCAACAAAUACUGUAAAGUCAUCAUGACCAUCAUAUGUUGACGAGACCAAUAGGAAUUUAUGACACAGCCUUCUUUCAUUUGUGCAGUAAGUCAUCAUUGGUCAUGCAUGAGUGUGUUACUUCAGUGUGUUAUUUGUACCUUUUAUGCACACAUGUUACAGCUGUAUUUGUAAGUACUUCACACAAACUUCUACAUGGGAGAUCCAAUUCAUGGCUAACAUGUUAGGUGGGGUUGGAGCUCCAUGGUGUAGAGGGGCUUGUGUCUCAGCUGGGCCUAAUGCUUACACUUAGACAUUGAUGGGGUCUUGUUGUACAUCUACUCCCCGAUGUUGACGAUGUAAUCCUGAUGUCUUCCCGUCUAAUAGGUACAGGUUUGCCUUUUGACCCAAGAAACCAUGGCGGCGGGGCUGUCGUUGCUCUGCCGAACUGGAAAUGGACUUGGACAUGCAUUUGUCAAAAUGGACCUAAAAAACAACUGCUCUGGCUUAAGGUUGACAAUAAUGCUGUGGAAUGCCUCAAAGGGCAACCGUUAGCCCAGUUGACCUACUUGCAGUGGCUGAGUCUGGCAGCGAACCGGCUAACAGACCUGGACGGCCUGGACGGGCCUGCCUUGGAGAGCCUCAAUCUUACAGGUAACGCUAUUAAAAAAGUGGCUGGUCUUCAGAGUAGCUGUUUUGCAAACCUGGUAACUCUGGAGCUGAGGGGAAACCAAUUGGAUACCACAGAUGGCAUCAACCUUCCCAACCUGCAACAUUUAUUUCUGGCCCAAAAUGUUAUCAAGCGUUUGGAGGGUUUAGAGAAGUUGGAGCGCCUCACCACCCUUCACCUUCGAGAUAACCAGCUAGAUACUCUGGAUGGCCUCAGCCCCAACAUGAAGUGCCUCCAGUACCUCAAUGUCAGGGGCAAUGUCAUCUUAGAUGAGAAUGCCCUGCAAUGCCUUGCACUUAUGUCAAACACUCUGCAAGCUUUGGUCCUUUCUGACAAUCCUCUGGUGGAAACGAUGGACUACCGGCUGAAUGUACUGAUUCUAAUGCCACAGCUGAAGAAACUUGACAAAUAUCCUGUGUCCCCCGAGGAGAAGUCUGAGGUCUGUAAGAGAAUCAAGGUUCUUCAAGAAGAGGAACUGGUUGAGCCAUAAGAUGUUCAACAAUGAGGAACUUGUUGACUUCCUUGAAAACGGUGAUUGUGUUGUAUGAAAAGUAUAGGCUACAUCUUCAUAGCGUAUGUGACAGAUGCACUUUGUAUCUGUAAAAUGUAUAUAUAAGGGUUGCUUUUUGUCACGAGUAGCCUACAGCCUACAUCUAUUUUUUGAACAAUAAAAUUGGGAAAAUGUUU